AUGUCGCCCAUGCGCCACAAAGAAGCGUAUGAUAUCCUUGGGGUAGAGCAGGGGGCAUCGUUGGACAUCGUUAGAUCGACGUACAAACGGCUCGCGUUGAAGACCCAUCCAGACAAAAACCCGGACGAUGAACAAGCUACAGCCGAAUUCCAACGAUUGGGCGAGGCGUAUCGCGUCUUGCAACGACAUCUUGAUACUGAAACAAAUUCAAGAGACCCCCGAUACUUCUACGAGAGCGACAGUGGCGAUGAUUAUGACGAAUACGACGACGAUGACGACUUCUAUGAUUACGAGGAUAUGUUCUAUGACCUGGAGGCGGAACGGGCAUUCUUCAGUUUCUUUUACACUCAUCCUUAUAUGUUCCGAGUCCCUGAGGGUGGACCAGGAUCUAAAUACUACAAAGAAACGCCAGAAUCACAGGAACAACGCGAGGCUCGCUUGGCACAAAUACGCAGAGAACAAGAAGAUGCGAGAACUUGUCGCGAAAGAGAAGAAGAGAGACGAAAGGCUCGAGCUCAGAUGGAUCGCGAACGGGAACAGAAAGAGGCAGAAGAACGGCAGAAAGCUAAACACAGGAGUAAAAAAGCAGCCGCUAAGAACAAGAAGAAACAUGCUGAAGACGUUCUGCGAAACCAGAAGCAACAAGCUCAGGCAUUACGAUCUUCGGUUUUCGCAGCAGCACGUGCCAACGAUGAAGCAACAGUGAAGAAGGGCAUCUGGGAAGACGGCGUGGACGCGUCCGGUGGAGAGAUCAAAAUCGGAUGUGAAGACUUUGCUCCACACCCAGUCGUAGACAAGCAAGAAACAUUGCUUCACAUAGCUGCGAUGAAGGGCAAUGUUGACUUGGUCGAGUGGCUGGAUGUUCACAAUGCUGAAGUGGAGGAACGUAACUCUGACGAUCUUACGGCUUUCCAUAUUGCUGUCCAAUAUGGCCACCCGUCGGUAGUAAAGUACCUCCUUGAAGCAUAUCCGCCCGGCGAGGACACUGGCCUUGUUUACUCAACGCCACAACGUACCUCAGUGAUGGCGAUGGCGCUUAGCAGCGGUAAACCGGACGUUGUUCGCUUGAUACAUGGUAGUAAGCUUUCAUCAAGAGAAGAGGUCAUCGCCGCGCUGGAGUCCAACCUAGAGGAAGGAGACGAAAAGAAACAAGUUUGUGCUCUCCUCGCACAGCUGGAGGGCCUGGAAAUCUCUCACGACGAACAGUCGAAAGAUAGCGACGAUGAAACUACGGCCUCAUCUCACAGCAGCGAGCCUUCAUCUUCAACACCGACAUCUCCUGCGGACGAUAAGCAUCAACACAACGAGGGGGGACCACCACCUCAAGAGCAUAUUGGGGAUCGGGGCAUCCGAGGGAGAGGCCGUGGUCGAGGUCGCGGACGAGGAAGGGGACGGGGCCAUACAAGAGGCCGUGGUUUCCGCAAUGGUCCCUCAAGUCAAUGA